AAUCUCUAUGAUCAUUCCUCACUAAUCGAGUAUUCAUAACCAGUGAGUCAGUGAGUCUCUGCUGCAACCAUAAAACCCUAACUCGUACACUCAGACUCAGCUUCAACAACUCACCACAAUGCUCUUCUCUGCAAAACUCGAAAUCCUCCGAAGAACUUCAACCACCAUCCCCAAUCUCAGAUUCCUCAAAACCCUAACAAGUGCAACGGAAAAUGGACCCAAAUUUACCGCCACCGCCGGCGGCGGCGGAAGAGGCAUGUCGAACGACGACUACUUCGCGGCGGUGCACCACAUUUCCAACAUCGUCCGCCGCGACAUCUUCAUGGAACGCACCCUCAACAAGAUGCGCCUCUCCAACAUCGUCAACUCCGAACUCGUCUACCGCGUCCUCCGCAGCUGCUGCCACUCCGGUGUCGAGUCCUUCCGAUUCUUAAAUUGGGUUCGAACCCAAUACCCAACCUACGAACCCACCACCGUCGAAUUCGAGGAGCUUCUCAAAACCCUAGCUCGAACCCGCCACUGGGAAACCAUGUGGAAGGUCGCUGAGCAGAUGAAGAAGCAGAGCCUCCCAAUCUCACCGUCAAUCGUAUCCUUUAUCAUCGAACACUAUGGCAAGAACGGCCUCAUAGACCAAGCUGUGGAGCUCUUCAACAAGAUGAAGCAUUUCAAUUGCCCACAAACGACAGGUAUCUAUAAUUCCUUGCUAUUUGCUUUAUGUGAAGUGAAGAAUUUUCAUGGUGCUUAUGCGUUGAUUCGGAGGAUGGUGCGCAAAGGGGUUGUGCCAGAUAAGAGGACCUACUCUGUUCUUGUCAAUGGGUGGUGCUCGGCGGGGAAGAUGAGAGAGGCACAAGAGUUCUUGGAGGAGAUGAGUCGAAAGGGGUUUAAUCCGCCGGUUCGAGGCCGAGACCUGUUGAUUGAUGGGUUGUUGAAUGCGGGUUACCUUGAAUCAGCGAAGGUAUUGGUGAGGAAAAUGACCAAGGAGGGAUUUGUGCCGGAUGUAGAAACCUUCAAUUCUUUGGCUGAAGCUAUUUGUAAAUCAGGGGAGGCUGAUUUUUGUAUUGAUCUUUACCGUGAUGUAUGUAAAUUGGGUUUUUGUCCCAAUUUGGAGACUUAUAAGGUUAUGAUUAAUGUGUCUUCGAAAGUGGGUAGGAUUGAUGAUGCUUUUGGGAUGCUUCAUAGAUCAAUGGAAGAUGGGCACAAGCCAUUUCCGAGUUUGUAUGCUCCGAUUCUGAAGGCGCUUUGUAGGAGAGGACAGUUUGAUGAUGCAUUUAGCUUUUUCAGUGAUAUGAAGGUGAAGGGACAUCCACCAAACCGGCCAGUUUAUACCAUGCUGAUGAAGAUGUGUGCACGUGGAGGUAAAUUUGUCGAGGCAGCGAAUUAUUUGGUGGAGAUGACUGAAUUGAAUUUGCCCCCAAUAUCGAGAAACUUUGAUAUGGUUACAGAUGGAUUGAAGAAUUGUGGGAAGCAUGAUCUGGCUAAGAGGAUGGAGCAGUUGGAGAUAUCUCUCCGGGGUGCUUGAUUUGGUUAAGUGUCUUCUGUAAUUUAUAUCAGAGAGAUUCAGGCAAUGUGCUCCUUCAGAACAGAAAGGUGCAUAAUGCUGGAAAGGUGCUUUGAGAAAGAAACUUGGGCCAAUGAAAGAGUGCCAAUGAAGGGGUAAAUUCAAAUAUAGGCUGUUUGCAAGAGUGCAAUCGAUGAGAUGCUUCGUCUCAUUUACUUGUUUAAGAAGUAAUUAUAAAGAUGAGAAUUCACAUGUGGAACAGCCAAACAGCAACAAAGACGUCGCUGCCUACUUCAGUAUUGAGUUCCAUUAUCAUCUGUUCAAGUUGUGGGUUGAAGAGGAUCGAAGCUUCUUGCAGUUCUGCUGCACAUUCGCCAGCUCUGCUGCGUGUCGCUAAUUCUGCUGGUACGCAACCCAGUGGUCCUGUUCCUGUCACCAGAACUCUACGAGCUCCCAUUUCAUACAGCGUCUGCAAGUGAUGAUAUUUAAGGCACUUGAAGAUGAGGGAAGGUGAGUUUAUUAUAUAUGUAUAUAUGUUUCUUUGCCUGUGGAGUUGUGAGUGUGUGUGUGAGAGAGCAUUUUUCUAUUAGACAUGCAAGGUAACCAAGAGUUUAUUAAAGUGAAGAAGCAAAGUGCCUCAGCAACAUGUCUUUUGUUUCAUAUCACUCAAUGCUUUCUUCAA